UUCUCUCUCCCGACUCUGCCCUCGCCACCAGCUCCUACCCCCCCCCCCCCUCCCUCCACAGCCUCCCCACGCGCCCACGCACGCCCACUCCCGAAGCGGCGCCGCUAGGGUUUGCUCCUCCAGCCGCGAACCCUAAAUCCUUUUCUUCCUCGCAUUCGCACAGCUCGGGCUCCUCCUGCUAGACGAAUUCCCACGCCGCGGCUGCGCUUCGAUCGGGAGCUAGGGUUCUGCAAGCUGCGCCCUGGUGGUCGGCGCGGCAUGGCGGGGUACGGUGAGAACCAGGACGCGAUGAACGGAUACGAGGAGGAGGAGGAGGAGGAAGAGGUGGAGGAGGUCGAGGAGGAGGUGGACGAGGAAGAGGUGUACGAGGAGGAAGAGGAGGGGCACGAGGAGGCUGGGGCGGCGGCUGCGGAGAGGAGGAGAGGCGGAGGCGGAGGGGAGGGCUUAGAGAAUGGAGAGGCCGGUGGCGACGAAGGAAGGGGCGCGGACGCAGGGGGUGGUGGCGCAUCGGGGAAAAUUUUCGUAGGGGGUGUAGCCUGGGAGACCACUGAAGAAACAUUCACUAAGCAUUUCCAGAAGUAUGGUGCUAUAACUGAUUCUGUGAUCAUGAAGGACAAACAUACUAGGAUGCCACGUGGAUUUGGAUUUGUUACAUUUUCCGAUCCAUCUGUGAUUGACAGGGUUCUGGAGGAUGAACAUGUUAUAGAUGGAAGAACGGUUGAAGUUAAAAGGACUGUCCCAAGAGAGGAAAUGUCAUCGAAAGAUAGUCAUGGUCCUAAGACAAGAAAGAUCUUUGUUGGUGGUAUUCCACCAUCUCUCACUGAAGAUAAGCUAAAGGAGCACUUCUCCUCGUAUGGGAAGGUGGCUGAGCAUCAGAUUAUGCUUGACCAUAGCACUGGGCGUUCACGAGGCUUUGGCUUCGUUACUUUCGAAAGUGAAGAUGCUGUUGAAAGGGUUAUGUCAGAGGGAAGAAUGCAUGAUCUUGGAGGAAAACAGGUUGAAAUAAAGAAAGCUGAACCAAAGAAACCUGGUGGGGGUGAUUCAAGCUCUAAUGGGAGAUAUAGUCAUGGGAGUGGUGGUUACCGUGGUUCUCACCGCGGUAGUGGUGGAGGCAGUGGCAGUGGCAGCUCUGGGAGCAGCGGUGGUAGUGGCUAUCGAUCAGGUGCUGCAGCCUAUUAUGGUAGCACGGCCUAUGCUGGCUAUGGCAGAGGGUACGGAUAUGGAGGUAAUGCUGGCUAUGGGUCAGGUUUUGGUGCUGGUUAUGGUGGUUCCAUGUAUGGAGGUCCAUAUGGUGCCUACGGGGGAUAUGGCAGUGCCUAUGGAGGUGGUGCAUAUGGUGCACCAGGAGGCUAUGGUGCAGGAGGAUAUGGUGCGUACGGUGGUGCAAGGGGAUAUGGUGCGUAUGGCGGUGCAGGAGGAAUGGGUGGUGGGAGCACCGGUGGCCGGGGCUCGAGCAGAUACCAUCCGUAUGGAAAAUGAGCUUGGAGUCAUACCUUCAUUUGUGCUCACCUAGUCGAACCAACGGCAUCAGAACAUUUUUUUCGAUACCUUGCAUUGUGUUGUAUCUCGCAACAAAGAGUGUAGAUUUGUAGUCGCUGAACCUUGAACCACCCUGAGCUUUCUGUAGAAGCUACAGCUAAAACUCCUGUUAUAUUCUCUUUAGUUCACUAUGAAGCCUUAGAAACCUUGAACCCUUUGUGGUAGUAACAAUAUGGUGUGAUGGAACAAUGUAUUUGGAUGUAACAUUCUCUCACCAAUCAGGUGGCGGUUGCCUUCCCUGCUUAGGGACGCACGCCUCAAAGGAUUGGACUAAUGCUUCUAAUUGGAUAGUUUGGCAUCUUGAUUGCA